AGAAGUCAGAAACUUGUGACUUUCCUGAUUCCAUUUCUCAUGUACUUUGGGAAGAAAUUCGACCAUUCCUGUACCUGUGGAGCAUGAACAGUGGAAGUGAAUCAUGAAUAAUCUUUCGGUUUCAAUUGAGAUGAACAGUAUUAAAGAAAUGUGAGACGUGAGCCUUAUCAUGUUCAACUCAAUCUUAGAGAAGCUCCUGCCACCCAACCAGUCACAGUGUCAACAGACGUCUUGCAGCACUGCGUCCGAUCUAUCCAGGCAAGAUGGACCAGACCAAGAAGAAGAUGGAUUCCUGGUCGUUGGUGAGACAAUGAGUGAAAGAAACACUGUACUGCCUGCCCACUAUUCUGCCAACAGACAACAAAGUCAACCACCAACUUACUCUCAGGUUCAACAGUCUGCCACAAGCUUUCCUAUCCAGACAUCGUCAAGUGGUACAUGGUCUUCGUUCGUCCGUUCAUCGGUACCUUCCACAUCAUCCAACCCUGCAGGAAGAAGUGCUGUUGUUUCAGAGAGAGACCAUAGUCCCACCUAUGCCACCCUAAUCACCAAAGACAUCCCAUUCCAGUUAUCAGAGCAGCUAAGCUGUGCUCACAGACUCUCAACGGACAUGAGUUACUUUGCCGUGCCGCCCCUCCCUACCUUCAAUCCGACAAAAUAUUUGUAUGACUUUGAGGAGGAGAGGAGGAUACUGAGAGAAACGGCUGAUAGCUACGAUUGACGUUCUUCCAAUAUGGGUGAACGACUGAUCGUUUGAGGUUUCAGAACCAAAGGCCCCUGCACGCCUUCAGUGGCCGUUCAAUUGGCCCCCAUCCAGUUAGAUAAGGGGUAAGGCCAACGGGCACAUGUUAUUUAACGCCUAAUAUAUAUUGAAUGAUGGAUACGCAUGCAUCCUAUGCACAUGAUCUGACAAAUGCAGUGAUGCAUUAUAUAUAUCAUAGCGACUGAAAUUUAAGUGCAACUCUAAGUCACCCUAAAAUCUUUGCGUAACACCCCCCUGAAUGAUCUAG